CGCGCGCACGAUCACGCCGGCGCCGAUGUGCAAGUCAAUAACAACACGCGCUUACAUUCUCUGGUCACCGUCACGAGUUGACUCACCGUUGGUAUAAAGCUCGUACGGAUCAUGCUGACCACUUCCCUGCCCACCGUUGCUGUCCGCUCGAAACCUCCCAUACCAUCCACCUCGCACUUUAACCUUGCAGACGUUGGCCAUGUCCGGAACGACCCCAGGUUCCCGCUUAGGAGACAUGUACCCUCCGGAGUUGCUCUCUACCAUCUGUGCCCACGUAUAUGACGCUGGAUCUUCACCCCCGGUUACGUCGCUCGACCCUCAGCUGCAUUCCGAGGGCAGUGCACCGACCUCCUUACCAUCCUCAUAUCCUCCAGCACAUUGGGCCGAAGGUGUCUCGCGGCGGACGUUGGCCAAUCUUUGUCUCGUGAACCGCGCGUGGUACGAGGCCGCCAAACCAUGGCUCUGGCGUAAAGUAGAAAUACGACUUCCGCGAAGCUGGCUGUCUUUAGUCGAAGAAAUUGCCGGGGGUGAUGACGAAGAUGUCGAAGAAGAGCAGACGGCCUUUAUGGUCGGUCAGACUAUUCACAAUGCUGAGAACGCUGUGUUGGCCACUCGGGAUCUGCUUGGAGCGGUUCCCGACAAGGCCACCGCACUUCAGCUUCACGAGAAAGUACUCGAAAGACUGGGUGGCCCUGACGGCUCCAUCCCUCCUGAGCUUCUCACCCCUCUCGCCAGUCGCGACCCGAGCCCGAGACGUCUGAGGCCCAAAAGUAAGAGUCCCGCCCGAUGGAAAAUGAUGCGUUCCAUAAGUGACGCGAUCCGAAACGUCAUGGAGCACGACAAUCCAGGAAUGUAUGUACCGCUACCGAACGUUCCACAUGCCGGUCAAUACGUGCGACACCUCGACUUCAAUCAUUUUCGAACCAUCGGAAUGAGGCGCUCUGUCGAGGAGGGUGUCAACAACCGAUUUGUGACCGGUGACAGAUUGGAGUCCGUCUUGAAGGAAAUGCCCAACCUUGUGGCAUUCGGCGCUACGGAAUAUAUGGACGGCGCGCUCACGUUCCCGGUGCUCAAGGAACUGCUCUUAAGAGGAUCCGCGUCACGAGGCCGGGGGCGCCCGUCGCGUGGUCGGGACCUUGUUGUCUUUGACCCGAACGAUGCUGAAGACGAGGAGCGCGAACGACGGCGCGAGUGCAAGGAACUCGACGCUAUAGACCUCACUGGAUGUGUAAGCGCUGUUUUCGUCAACGCGCUCACUCAGUUCGUCGAAGAUCAUCUCAUUGAUCGCUCCACCUCCGACUCGGAUGCCGAGGAUGACACCAACGCGGAGCGCGGUAAGCCUCGCAGCCGAAAUGCAAUGCAGGAACCGCUGAUAUUUCCGGGACUGCAACGGCUCGGACUGCGUGGCGUCAAAUCGGUGCAACCGCACAUUUUGAACUCGUUCGUGCUGGCGUUUCCCUGCCUCACGCAUUUGGACCUUUCCUGCACGCGCAUCACGCCCGAGGUCCUCGCUGCAUUGGGGACGUCACCCACCAUCCGCCUGCAAUCUUUGGCGCUCGAACGCUGCAAUUGGCUGACCGGCGAGAGCAUACGGGACUUUUUGAUCAACGCUCCUGCCGCCAAGAACAUCCGCGAGCUUACUCUUUACGGCGACUGGACUUUCCCCUCGCCCCUCUCCACUGAUGAUUUGGACGCUAUCUUCUCUCGCGCGCCAUGCUUCACGAGUGGCGAGCUCGUGUAUCUCGAUCUGUCCAGCGCCCCCGUGACGAAAGAGCACUUGCUCAACAUGUGUGCAUCCCAGCCGCACCUGCGCUCUCUGGGGCUCUCGUACAUACGCAACCUCGAGCUCGACGUCAUCGCCAAGUUCCUCAAGGAGAAGGCACCGAACGUCGAGGUGCUCACUCUGGUCACGUCGUCCCCCGAGCUUGGGUAUGGCGCGCAGGUAGUCACGGCGCGUCAAGCACCUAUGAACUUGCAUGCGCAUAUCAUCCGUCCUCUCUGCACUCCGCCGUUCUCGUUCAGCCUGACCGCGAUUAAAAAGACCGCGCAGCCGCCGACGCGCCUCCGCGUGGUUGAGCUUGCGACGCCGUUGCUUGCGAGCCUAGGAGCGGGUGCGGACUCCUGGCGGGUCAUCAAGAGCAAGGGAGGACGGGGCUGGUACGUUGACACGGGAAGCGGUUGGAUGGCCGAGCUCCCUGCUUCCGGUGGCAAGGGUUGUGGUCUGAGGAGGAACUUACCUAGAGAGCAUCCGUGGAGGGUUGCUUUGGAGCGUCUUGCGGACGCAAAUGGUAACGUUAGCAGUGGAAUUGGAUGGCAUGCACGGAAGAUGGAGGUACUGCAAGGACACGGCCUUCUCGGAAGAGAAGCCGGACUGUAUGGCGCUGUGUCGUUUGCAUAUCAAGGCUGAACGGCAAGGCACUGCAAUACGUUGCUGGGUUAUCACCCUAACGCGGGUGGUCCCUCUUACGUGAGCCUUGUUUUCCUGAUUUGUGUCCUAUUGUGGGGAGAAAAAUUGGGCUUCCCUUUGUUGUGGUUGUGAGCUUGUGCUUUCUAGGUCAAUCUCGUGAAGUCUUUAUCGGUCAGACAAUGCUGGCGUGUACAAUCAGUUUUUGUAAUUGUCAAUACGUGCUGUACAACAAGGAAGCCAGAUGUAGAAUAGUCUCCGAAGCAAUAUUUACUCGACUAUGUCCGAAGUUAUGCAAACAUCCAUGACAUUCGUUGCACAGUGCCUCUUGUUCCAGGAUGAGGCUAUGCAGCAGAUCCGAUAGUGGCAG